GUGCUGUGUUUGUUUAUUUGUGGCAUAUAACAUUUUAUUCGCUGUGCUUCGCAUGGAAAAUGCUUUUAAAACAUUACUAAACAAAACCCUAUGCAUUGUGCGUUGAAAACGCACUGUAAAAAAUAUUUGUCAAUAGUAACAUCAAAUCUGAUGUUACCGACACAACAUCGAAAAGAUUGACACAGUUUUCUCAAAAUCUGCCCACAAAAUGCCAUUUGCUGUUGUUGAAGCACGUGAAGAAGAUGGGAACAAGGAACUAUGUGUGGUUCCUGAGGGAUGGAUUUUGGAUACGCGUCACAAGGAAACGAUCCUGCUGUGGCCAAAGUGUGUUGGACCAAAAAUAUACAAACUAUUAAAUGACGGUGAUAGUGUGGGCAAUACAACAUGGCUUAAAAUGGAUUGUGCAGUAAUAAAGAUCAAUAUUACUCGACCAUCAGUUGCGUACGAAUAUAUUUCAAAUAUGAAAGGAGAACCCACGGAGUCACCGAAGAGCACAAAUCCACCGCUUAAACAGUCGGAAAUAUCCAGCCUUCUAGCUGAAGAUUUUACUGAUCCACCUACAGACAAUGAAGCCAGCAACACACGGAAUGAAAAUGCAACGCCAGUUCCUGCAACAGCACUUAAAACAACAGAAAUCAGUGUAACUUCACAGCUAGGAAAUAUAUCCGAGAAGGAUUUGUUAACAUUUGUUAAAAACCUAGAUACAAAAGUAAUUAAGCUGCAAGAUGUUAUCCACAAAGUGAUGGACAAACUUUUACGCAUGGAAUCGAUGGCGCAAGUUUUACUGCAUAGAUAUGGUAUCAAGUCCGUUACAUCCACACCCAUGAUUAGCGAGGUAGAUUUUACGCUCAUUGAUAGUUUGGAAAGCAUGGAAGCUUUCAAUGAAAACCUACUGAACAGUAAGUUCCAGGAGGAGAUUUACCAUUGGCUGGCAAGUAACGUGACGGAGACGCACAGUGAAAGUCGAAUGAUGGAGGCAAUGGAUUUAUUGUUUAAUAAGAAAUUUUUGACAAAGUGCAGCUGGACCGGUGUCGGUAGAGGCACAGAAAAGAUCCCGAUGAUGAGAAUGGUCAACAUCACCAAACUGUUUCGACGCAUCGGCACACACAAUGGGGUGAUCACAAAUCAGCGGAUGGUGAUGCUAUUUUUCAUGAAGAAAUUGAGAAACGCUGUUAGACGAAGCCAAGUGAAACAUUUGCGCAGAAGUACGACGCACUUUUUUAAAUCGAAUAAAAUAAAGAGCGAGAACUAGAGAAUGGUUCCUUCAGUA